GCUCUCUCACCCUGGAAUGCCUGCCUUGCACUCUUCUCUCAAUGUUGCCUGGACCUGCCAGAAGAGCCAGCACCAGAGUGCAGGCUGCUGGAAGGAGAGGCCAGGAUGUCCGACUAUCUGCAGGCUGGGGUUUUCUCUUCCCUGGUGCCUGCAGGGUCCCCAGAGACAGGGAGCUUGCACUAAUCCUUGAGGGAAAACAGUCUUUCAAGAUUAGCAAGGGCACUGGAGAGCCUAGGUAGGGGCAGAGGAGCUAGAGGAAGCAGAAUUAUUUUGGCUGCAUUUUUAUUUUUAUUUUUGUCCUUGUCUGAUUAAAUCUCAGUGACACUGGGGCUUUGCCUUGCUGAAAGAACACAGCCCUGUAUGUAGGCCUGUGAACAGAGGGGCUGGGGCAGGAGCUGGAGCUGGCAUGGCUGCGGGGAUAUUGGGCUCUGAGAAUGCACCAUGCAGCUGGGACCUUGCUUGCCGAGUAUUAAGGACAUGCCGUGAAGGAAACCUGCAUCUUCUGCAGCUGAUAUUAAAGCCUUGGUGCAUUCCCAGGGCUGUCUACCAGAUGACGGAGGGCCGUCGAUGUCAAGUACAUCUCCUUGAUGACCGGAAGCUGGAGCUCCUAGUACAGCCCAAGCUUUUGGCCAAGGAGCUUCUUGACCUCGUGGCAUCUCAUUUCAACCUGAAGGAGAAGGAAUACUUUGGAAUAGCCUUCACAGAUGAGACGGGACACUUGAAUUGGCUGCAAUUAGACCGAAGAGUCCUGGAGCAUGACUUCCCCAAAAAGUCUGGGCCCGUGGUUCUGUACUUCUGUGUCAGAUUCUAUAUCGAAAGCAUCUCCUACCUGAAGGACAAUGCCACCAUCGAGCUCUUCUUCCUGAAUGCCAAGUCCUGCAUCUACAAGGAGCUUAUUGAGGUGGACAGCGAAGUGGUGUUUGAAUUAGCUUCCUAUAUCUUACAGGAAGCAAAAGGAGACUUCUCUAGCAACGAGGUGGUGAGAAGUGACCUGAAAAAACUGCCAGCCCUUCCCACCCAAGCCCUGAAGGAGCACCCCUCCCUGGCCUACUGUGAAGACAGAGUCAUUGAGUACUACAAGAAGCUGAAUGGCCAGACAAGGGGACAAGCAAUUGUGAACUACAUGAGUAUUGUGGAGUCGCUCCCAACCUACGGCGUUCACUACUAUGCAGUAAAGGACAAGCAGGGGAUACCUUGGUGGCUGGGACUGAGCUACAAAGGAAUCUUCCAGUAUGACUACCAUGAUAAAGUGAAGCCAAGGAAGAUAUUUCAAUGGAGACAGUUGGAGAAUCUGUAUUUCAGGGAAAAGAAGUUUUCCGUGGAAGUUCAUGACCCCCGCAGGGCCUCAGUGACCAGGAGGACUUUUGGGCACAGUGGCAUUGCCGUGCACACGUGGUAUGCAUGUCCAGCAUUAAUCAAGUCCAUUUGGGCGAUGGCGAUUAGCCAACAUCAGUUCUAUCUGGACAGAAAGCAAAGUAAGUCCAAGAUCCACGCGGCACGAAGUCUGAGCGAGAUCGCCAUUGACCUAACAGAAACAGGGACGCUGAAGACCUCAAAGCUAGCCAACAUGGGGAGCAAAGGAAAGAUCAUCAGCGGCAGCAGUGGGAGCCUACUGUCCUCAGGUUCUCAGGAAUCCGAUAGCUCCCAGUCGGCCAAGAAAGACAUGCUGGCUGCCUUGAAAUCCAGGCAGGAAGCGCUGGAGGAGACACUGCGCCAGCGGCUGGAGGAACUGAAGAGACUGUGUCUUCGGGAAGCUGAACUCACAGGCAAACUGCCGGUUGAGUAUCCCCUGGACCCAGGAGAGGAGCCGCCUAUUGUCCGGAGAAGGAUUGGGACAGCCUUCAAGCUGGAUGAACAGAAGAUUCUGCCUAAAGGAGAGGAAGCUGAGCUGGAGCGCCUAGAACGAGAGUUUGCCAUUCAGUCCCAGAUCACCGAGGCUGCCCGCCGCCUAGCCAGUGACCCCAACGUCAGCAAGAAACUGAAGAAGCAAAGGAAAACCUCUUAUCUGAACGCACUGAAGAAGCUGCAGGAGAUUGAAAACGCAAUCAAUGAGAACCGCAUUAAGUCAGGGAAGAAACCCACCCAGAGGGCGUCUCUGGUCAUAGACGAUGGAAACAUAGCCAGUGAAGACAGCUCUCUCUCCGAUGCCCUUGUUCUCGAGGAUGAAGACUCUCAGGUUACCAGCACAAUAUCCCCUUUACAGUCUCCACACAAGGGACUUCCUCCUCGGCCACCGUCCUCGCACAACAGGCCUCCUCCCCCGCAAUCCCUGGAGGGACUCAGGCAGAUGCACUACCACCGCACCGACUAUGACAAGUCACCCUUAAAGCCCAAAAUGUGGAGCGAGUCCUCUUUAGACGAGCCUUAUGAGAAGGUGAAGAAACGCCCCUCCCACAGUCAUUCCAGCAGCCACAAGCGCUUCCCCAGCACUGGAAGCUGUACUGAGGCGGGAGUAAGCAGCUCAUUGCAGAACAGCCCCAGCCGAGGCCUCCCACACUGGAACUCCCAGUCUAGCAUGCCAUCCACCCCUGACCUGCGCGUCCGAAGUCCCCACUAUGUUCACUCUACGAGGUCAGUGGACAUCAGCCCCACGAGACUGCAUAGCCUCGCACUGCACUUUAGGCAUCGGAGCUCCAGUUUGGAGUCCCAGGGCAAGCUCCUGGGCUCAGAGAACGACACCGGAAGCCCAGACUUCUACACCCCGAGGACUCGUAGCAGCAAUGGCUCAGACCCCAUGGAUGACUGCUCGUCAUGCACCAGUCACUCGAGCUCAGAGCACUAUUACCCGGCACAGAUGAACGCCAACUACUCAACGCUGGCUGAGGACUCGCCAUCCAAGGCGCGGCAGCGGCAGAGGCAGAGGCAGCGGGCAGCAGGCGCACUGGGCUCCGCGAGCUCUGGCAGCAUGCCCAACCUGGCGGCACGCAGCGGGGCUGUGGGCGCGGGCGGCGGCGUGUACCUGCACAGCCAGAGCCAGCCGAGCUCUCAGUACCGCAUCAAGGAGUACCCACUGUAUAUCGAGGGCAGCGCCACACCGGUGGUGGUGCGCAGCCUGGAGAGCGACCAGGAGGGCCAUUACAGCGUUAAAGCGCAAUUCAAGACCUCCAACUCCUACACGGCUGGUGGCCUGUUCAAAGAGAGCUGGCGCGGGGGUGGCGAGGAGGGCGACGCAGGCCGCCUUACGCCAUCACGCUCCCAGAUCCUGCGGACUCCUUCGUUGGGGCGUGACGGCGCCCACGACAAAGGUUCUGGUCGUGCCACGGUCUCAGACGAGCUGCGCCAGUGGUACCAGCGGUCCACGGCCUCGCACAAGGAGCACAGCCGCCUGUCGCACACCAGCUCCACCUCCUCGGACAGCGGCUCUCAGUACAGCACCUCUUCCCAGAGCACCUUCGUGGCGCACAGCAGGGUCACCAGGAUGCCCCAGAUGUGCAAGGCCACGUCAGCUGCCUUACCUCAAAGCCAGAGAAGCUCAACGCCCUCAAGUGAAAUUGGAGCCACCCCACCAAGCAGUCCCCACCACAUCCUGACCUGGCAGACUGGGACCUACAGUGACAGCUGCUUCCUGGAUUCUCCUCUCUAUCCAGAGCUAGCUGAUGUCCAAUGGUACGGGCAGGAACAAGCCAAGCCUGGGACCCUCGUGUGAGCUGGCCAGGCCUGAUCUGACCGCCGCAACGCCAUUCUGAGUCACCUCACUGCCUCUCAUUUGCCUUACCCAGAUGCACUGUCACCUGCACCAGCUUCGGCCCUCAGCACUUUUUUUUUUCUCCUGUCUCCACAUCCCCUUCACCCUCAAAAAACCUGACUGAGGAGACAUUCUGGAAGGUUCCGAUCCCACUGUGUGUCCCCUGGCUCUCUUGCCCAGAGAGCCAGACAACAAUCCUCAAUGGCACCUUGGUGGUUUCCCUUUGCCGUGACAGCCCCA